UAUUACAUAUAGGCACCAAUCAUAAUUUAACAAAAACUUGUACUGAAAAUUAUACGUUUUCUUAGAUUUUCACUUUCAUACGGCAAUGAAGUACCAAAAUUUAUCCGUAUUAAUUAUGAUGGUUAUCUGUAGUGAAGCGAAUCGGGUAAAGCGAUUAUCGACACCCGAAUUUUUUGGGCAAGAGACCCUUGAGCUGGCCAAGUAUGUCGUUUCCAUCAGAUCGAGAACACCGGUCAUGUUUUUCGGCGACAAUCACUAUUGUGGCGGUGGUCUUUUAUCGCCCCACUGGGUGCUGACCGCUGCCCAUUGUGUAAUGGCUAAAACCAAAAUCAUGUACAAGCCACGGUGGCUGCUGGUGGUAGCCGGAUCUCCACAUCGACUGCGAUAUGUGGCUGGCAAAACACUCUGCUCACCAGUGUCAAAUCUGUACGUGCCGAAGAACUUCACCAUGCACAACACCUAUAACAUGGCGCUGAUACAACUUCAGGAAAAAAUGCCCACCGACGAUCCACGGAUUGGAUUUCUUCGUCUGCCAAGUGAAGCGCCUAGAAUUGGUAUCUACCACUCUGUUCUUGGCUGGGGAAGAAUGUAUAAAGGCGGACCUUUAUCAGUGACAAUAUACCAGUUGGAGGUGUCGCUCUUGGAUAAGGAGGUGUGUAAGACGCACUUUCGCCACUACAGCGAAGGAAUGAUGUGUGCUGGAAAAAAUAAUUGGACGAUUGACGCUGAUCCGUGCAGCGGCGACAUCGGAUCCCCGUUGGUAAUGGGAAGGGUGAUUGUCGGCAUAGUCGCCUAUCCAGUUGGCUGCGGAUCCACUACUAUUCCGUCCGUCUAUACGAACGUAUACAGUGGCAUUAAGUGGAUCAGGAAUACGGCCUAUGGGUUUUCCAGCACUAACAAGCCAAUACCAUUCAUCAUUCUGCUGAUGAUUUCACUAGCCCAUCUUACAUUGAAAAACUGGGCUUAGAUAAAAAACUAAAUUUGUAUAUUUACAGAUUUUCAAGUCCCA